AUGGUCCAUAUUAAAUCAGUUGAAAUUAGGCUAUUCCAUUUAGAAUAUUAUCAAAAAAAUUAAAGAUGGAUACUCAAAAUACAUUAAACAAUCUAAGGGUUGGAUGAUACAUUAUUGUUGGGUAAAUAUAAUAUCAGAUUUAAUGUGUUAUAGACUAAUUUUUUAUAAAGAUUAAUUAUUAUAAACAUUAUAAUCAGGUACUUCAGUUCAAGAUUCUUGGAAUUAAUUAAUCACUUCUAAUUAAGUAAUUUAAUUGCCUUAUAACAAAUAUACAGGUAAGCUGAAAAUAUUUGUAAACUAAAAUUUUAUAUUUAAAAAGUUUGGGACGUUAAAAUUAUUCUAAGAGUAUUACAUACAAAGUUCAAAUAGUUUUUUAUUAUUGCUCAACUACAUCACUAUUUACAAACUGAUAAACCAAUUAGAAAUUAAUAUAAUUAGAAAAGAAAUAAUGUUUUUAAUGAAUCAAAUCAAAAGUAAAACUUAAUUUUGCUCUGUUUAAUGAAUGAGAUAAAUUAAUUAGUAAAUAAGGAGCUUUAAGUAAAUUAGAUAAUCUAAAUAUUUUACAGGGACAUCAAUAAAAUUAAGGAGAAUAACUAAAAAUAUUGA